AUGGUCGGUUCACAGCUAUGGAGUAUCAGCUAUGGGGUAGUGUUGAACUACUUUUACCAACACUUCGAUAUCAUUUUCUUGCAGGCUUCGUUAAUUCAAGUUCUGCAGUUUUUAUAUCUUGUGAAAGAUUUUACGCCCUCUAUCGGCCACUUAAACACCGUACAAAUUUUGUCAACAAGGGCAUACGCCAUUGUUAUAAUAAGUGUAAUCUGGACAAUGGUUAUUCUUGCCAGCGCGAUGUGCUUUGUUCUUGCAAACUUAAUUUCAUUCAUAGCAGCUUAUUAUCUUUCUACAAUUCGAUUUUUUUGUUGAUCAUAUGUUUCCGUAACAUUAGUAUUUGAAGAAAAUGUUUAAAAAAAAGAUUUCCUCUCACCAGCAAAACAGGGGAACAGCAAAAAUUUGAACACGAAUCUAUGGACACCAAAUUGCGAUCAGAAGUUGCAACUAUAUACUGUAUUAAGAAGUUCAAACACAGUUUUCAUCGCUAAUAAAAAAAAUUGUAAAAAUUACAUAUAAGUGUUUAAUACGGCUGCAAGUUUCUACUUUACUUCUUUUGAUAAUUAAUGCUUUGGCUUUGUUCUUAGGUCGUGUGCUUGCUUUAACCCUGGCUCCAGAGGUCCGUUCUCAACAUUUUGCCGUCUGGCUAAAUCAGAGAAAAGUUUCAGGUGAACAUGUCGCUGACCGAAGAAACUUCGUCGGUCGAUGAAGGACAGAGGCUACUAAAACAACAAUUAGGCUUUGAAGUGAUUCUUCUGGAUGUAAAUACUUCAUCGACCAACGAAGUUUCUUCGGUCAGCGACAAGGUGCACCUGGAACUUUUCUCCAAUUUCGCGAGACGGCGACACGUCCACAGCAUGAGCGAUUUCUGCCGCGUCUCUUAGACCCUUCUUGGUGGUGGUAAAGGUCGGUCGUUUUUGCAUGGCCACCGCACUCUGUCCAGGCGGGGGUUGAGAUUUGUUCGUGUGGCCGUCCUUUGGAAGGAAAGAGGUACCUCAAGCCCUGUAGACUGUACUGCGGGCACUACUGAGCUAACUGAGUCGGCAGUCAUUCGUUCUCCGUUAACUGAGUACGUCUUCACAAAGUCAUCGACGUGCUAAAACCCAGUAUGCGAGAAUUUUCUCCCCUUCUUUGAAGGAAAUGUACGUAGACCUCCUGGUUUAGGAAGAACCUAGAUACCAUGGCCAGAGUACCGUUGUUUAGAGUUAAAGACUUAAGUUUUACCCCUUUUUUAUUUCUCGCCCAUCUUAAUCUUGACGUAAACGUCCGACAUCUUGAAACAUUGCCGGAACACAAAGUGUGCCUACAUAUGAACAACUGUAAAUUAACGUCACAAUUCACUGCUCACAAUUACCUGUCAUUUUUGACAGCUGUCAGUUGAGAGGACUGAAGAUUGAGAUUCCCGCCUUUAUUUGACAACUGUCCGCCCAAAAAGACCAAACAAAGAAAGAGGAAAAAAGUCGACUUUUUUAUUUUGAAGUAAAAGGCAAAAAGUCGAAAAAACUCGAGAAAUGUCUCUUUCCAGCUUUUUGGCGAUUUGUGGGAUAUAAAUAUUACUCAAGAAAGUUGCUUCACUUUAUAUCGCAGACAAAUCCUAAAAAUAUCCGGCUUUACGUGAGAAAAUGUAUAUGUGUCUGUAACUUUUGUAUUUGGAGAAAAUGUAAAAUGAGAACCAUCUCCUCUCACCAACAAAACGGAAUCGCCCAAAACCAACGCUUGACAAGAACAUUGCUGUUCGUGUCUGCUGCUGCUGUUUUGGCGUGGCUUCCUUAUGUAAUUGUCGAGUACGUAUUUAUUGAAUAUUCACAAGAUCUUUCCAGCAUGGCAGGUUAAUUAUACCACAAUCUUUCUUCAAUAUUCUAACUCUUUUGUCAAUUCAAUAAUCUGCGCAUUUAAAGUACCUGAAUUUCGACAAUCAUCGAUUAUGUGGUGUUUAAGACGUCGUGCUAUAAAUGGGGUGAACACCAAAAACAAAAAAAGACGAACAGAUACUGUUGCUUUUGAUUUAUCU